AUGGAAAGUGCUUCAGCAGACGGUACGGGAGGGAAGAAACAUGUGCGGCAAACUUCUUCAGGCAGAGACGGCCGACAAGAGGUCCGUUGGAUAUUAGCGACAGCGGGAUAUUUUCGAGCUGCGGCUAUUCUUAGUGCCACACUUUUGACAUCCAGUCCUGGUCCCGCAUCACAUGAUGAAAUUUUUAAUCUCUUCUACAUACGUCUUGCAUGUCUCACACUCUGUAACCAGACACAACUCGCGGCUCAGGAAGUCAAAGCUCUUGAAGAUCUUAACGCUGCUUACUAUUGGGAUGAUGAAACUGGCGUACAUAUGGUAGGAUGGGAAUUGAGAGUCUUAGCGGUUAGAUUGCAGGGUAUGGGGUUAGGGGAUGCUAGGAGAUGUGUUAUGGGAUAUUAUGAUUUGGCUAGAGAUGCUAGAAGUACGUUGACGAAAUUGAAGAAGCGAAAAGCAGCUGGUGAGGAUAUGAAUGGGGAGAUUGAAUUAUGGGAAGGCAGGUUGGCGGAUUUAGGGAUUAGGAUUGCAAGUGCGCUCGUUGAGAUGGAAGAUUUGGUUGGGGCAGGAAUGCAUUUGAAGACUUUGAAGGUUAAUGAAGAGGGAGAUGAGGAAUUAAGAUCUAAGAAAGCAUUACUGUGGUUGUGUCUGGGUGAUAUUGAUGCUGCAAAAGAGUGUUUAAAGAAAGGAAACGGAAAGGAAUUUAUGGCGAGCGAGAUAGAUGGAACGAUCAGAGCUUUGGCAUUUGUUGCGGAAGGAAGAUAUGAGGAGGCUGUUGUGAUUUGGGAAGAGCUCAUUGCAAACGAGGAAACUACAGCUGGAAAAGGAGAAAAGGCCAUGUGGAGACAAAACUUGGGCGUUACAUUGUUGUAUUUGGGUCGUGGCGAUGAGGCAAGAACCAUUUUCGAAUCACUGAUUGCGGAAGACAAUUCAUUCCAUGCUUUGACUUUCAAUCUAAGUACCAUCUAUGAAUUAUGUACGGAGAGAUCAAGAACGUUGAAGAUUGUGUUGGCGGAGAAGGUGGCGGCGAUGGUGGAUAUUGGUCAGAAUGAGGGGGUGGUGAGGGGAUGGGAGAAGGUUAAUGGGGACUUUAAAUUGUGA